GUCAAGUAUCAUGAAAAUAAAAACGCUCUAAAGGUUGAUAUAUUGUCAAUGCCAUAUAUUAAAUGAAGAUUUUAAAGUUUCCAAUUUUUUAAUGACACCUACAUGCUUGAUUUACCUGUUUGAAAACUGACAAUUUCUAUUAUCCCCGACGAUGUUACCUCCCCUGUUCAUGACGUCAUUCGAGACAUCAAUAUCAAAACAAAGAUCGACUCACCAUAUAUCAUAACGCUCCGAUUACGACAUGGCUCAUUUUAUGGAAGAUAAUGACAGUGACGGUGAAAUACCCGAAGUUGAUUUGACACUGCAUAUACAGCCAUACAUGUUUGAACCUUUGGGUAAAGAUCGUUCUACUAAUACAUGUAAUAGUUUGUCAGAAAGUGAUCAUCAUGAAUCGCACUCGGAAUCGGGAAGGGAAUCGCCGACAAGCUCUGAAGACGUCACUAGGGAACCUGUCGAGAGUUGGUGUAAUUGUGGAAACUGUGUGGAAAUGCCUACUAGCAGGGAAAACAAAUGCUGCCGAAACACCAACAUAGUAAAUGGAAAGGUCGAUGAGAAAUCUCUCCAAUGUAUUACUGAGCAUGAAGGUUUCAUCGUAAAUUGUUUAAAUCAUUAUGUGUUGGAGACUUCUUACUAUGAAUACAUACAGGAUAAUGGCAGACAAAAUGAAAGAGAACCCAUCCAUGAACUUUACAGACAUCUUGCCUACAGAAGAUUUGUUCGGUGGGUUUAUCAUAUUCUUGGGAAGAAGAAUAGACGUAUUCUACCAUCUUGUGUUGUCAGCAAAAUCAGACAGACUUUUCCUUCCCAAACCUAUUGUGGUUUUAAAUAUCCAGAAUAA